ACGAGUAUGAUGUGUAUAUAAAAAGCCAUGUGUUGUGUGAAUGGUCUGUGUGUUCAUUCGGGCAGACGGAGAACAAGCAUCGCUAUGAAGGGCCUAAUCAUCUUAGUGGCUUGCCUCAUGCUCUCAGAGGCAGCCUUCAAGGUUCCCCUGAGAAAGGGUAAGUCCAUCAGAGAACGUCUGAUGGAGAAGGGCAUCCAUCUGCCCUAUACUGAUCCAGGCCUUAAAUAUCACCCAGAGAUCUUGGCUACUACCACUAUUGAUUCCUUGACCUAUGCUGAUUCAUACUACUUUGGCGUGAUCAGCGUAGGAACACCACCCCAGUCCUUCGAAGUGCUCUUUGACACUGGCUCUUCCAAUCUGUGGGUCAACUCUGUGUACUGCAGCACCCAGGCAUGCACGGCACAAACACAGUUCAAUCCUCAACAGUCCUCCACCUACCAGAGCACUUCCCAAACCUUCUACCUGCCCUAUGGAGCCGGAGCUCUUAACGGCGUCUUCGGUUAUGACACUGUCACUCUGGCUGGCAUCCAAGUCCCUAAUCAGGAGAUCGGUCUGAGCACUAACGAGCCAAGCCAGCCCUUCCUGCAGGCUCCAUUUGAUGGAAUUCUUGGUCUGGCCUACCCAUCUAUUGCUGUUGGCAAUGCCAUGCCCCUUGUGGACAACAUGAUGCAGCAGGGUCUCCUUGAACAAAACCUGUUCGGAAUCUAUCUGAGCCCGGCUGGAAGCUCUGGCAGUGAGGUGGCUUUCGGUACUGUGGACACCAACAUGUAUCAGGGUCAGAUCUCCUGGACACCAGUGACCGCUGAGACCUACUGGCAGAUUGGCAUUCAGGAGGUCGAGAUGUCUGGACAGCAGACUGGAUGGUGCUCUCAGUACAGUGGUUGCCAGGCCAUUGUGGACACCGGUACCCCCAGCCUUACUGCCCCUAGCUCCGUCAUGUCAUCUCUGAUGCAGUAUAUUGGCGCACAGCAGGACAGUUACGGCCAGUAUGCUGUGGACUGUAGCCAGGUCAGUAAUCUUCCCUCUCUGACCUUCAUCAUCAGUGGAGUGAGUUUCCCUCUGGGUCCCUCUUACUACAUCCAAUCUCAGAGCGGUUACUGCACCGUUAACAUCACUCCCACCUACCUGCCCUCUCAGAACGGCCAGCCUCUCUGGAUCUUCGGUGAUGUCUUCCUCAGGGCCUACUACUCUGUAUAUGACAGAGCAAACAACCAGGUGGGCUUUGCCCAGGUUGCCUAAACACCACCAGCAACACUCCAUAGAAAUCUCUAAUGGAAGCUGUGGUCUCCAUAGAAUCAUUAAUACCUGUAGUAACUACAUGGAAAUGGAUUUUAGUAAUAAACUGCUAUUUACUGAAAUUUCUUUUUUUUUUCCCUAUUUCAAUAUUGGCAGAUAUAAGUAAAUUCUAUAAUGUAUUUUCAGACAAGAUUUCAAAAUAUAUGUCUCCCCAUACCAUAUGUUAAAA